GUACUUGGCAGCAUCCCGUGGCAAACCUACUUCCAAAGAGUGCUCUCUGCUGCCUCACCGACACAGGCCAGGCUCAUCUCCUACCUGUCUGGACUUGGGUGCUUUUUAAUGGCCAUCCCCUCUGUGCUCAUUGGCGCAGUUGCAACAUCAACAGACUGGAACCAGACAAGCUAUGGUCUUCCAAGUCCACUUGAGAGAGGAGAAUCAGCAAUGAUACUGCCCCUUGUUCUACAGUAUCUCUGCCCAGCAUACAUCUCCAUUGCUGGUCUGGGAGCCAUUGCUGCUGCCACAAUGUCUUCUGCAGACUCAGCUCUUCUCUCCUCCAGCUCAAUGUUUGCUCACAAUAUCUACAGGAAAAUUCUGAGGAAAAAGGCUACGGAGACAGAGGUCUUAUGGGCCAUGAGGACGUCUAUGCUGGUGUUUGGGGCCAUGGCUGCUGGUUUGGCUUUUUACUCCAACUCUGUCUAUGACCUCUGGUUCCUCAGCGGGGAGCUGGUGUAUGCUCUGCUCUUCCCCCAGCUCUGCUGUGCUCUCUUUGUUCCCAGCACCAACACCUAUGGCUCUGCUGCUGGCUUAGUGGUUGGGCUCUUCCUGAGGCUGCUGGCAGGGGAGCCUGCCCUGAGCAUCUCCCCCAUCAUCUGCUACCCAGCCUGCUCCCUGGAGAACGGGACCUACAGUCAGCUCUUCCCCUUUAAAACAUUCACCAUGCUUCUCACCUUGGGGACUAUCAUUGCUGUUUCAUACCUGGCUGCAGUUUUGUUUCAGAGAAACCUCCUUCCCCCUAGCUGGGAUGUUUGCAAUAUCAUGGGGGGAACCAGUACCCUUAUCCCCCUGCAGCAGAUGGAGAAGCAGAUGGGUUCACCAACCAUUGCACCAGAAGAGAGUCGUGAUUAA